AGGCAGGUUUGAUGGCACGUUGGCCCUACCAAGGUGGUGGUGGGGCUAACCAACCUACCCGCACCCCUAGCGCCGCGACUCACUAUAAAAAGCCUCGGCGCACCUGGACCCAGCAUCGUAUUCGAACUGGUACUUUCAACAGUCAUGGCCUUCAAGUUCCUCGCUUUCGCCGCCGUCAUCGCCGUGGCCCGCGCUGGCGUCAUCGGCGCCCCCGCCGUCGCCACCUAUGCCGCUGCCCCCGCAGUGACCGCCUACGCCGCCCCCGUGGCUAAGGUUGCCGCUCCUCUGGCCUAUGCCGCCCCCGCCUAUGCCGCCCCCAUUGCCCGUGCCGCUUAUGCCGCCCCCGUCGCCUAUGCCGCCCCCGUCGCUAAGGCCGUCGUCGCCGCCCCCGCCCUCGCCAAGGUCGCCGUCGACACCGACUUCGACCCCAACCCCCAGUACUCCUACGCCUAUGACAUCAAGGACGCUCUGACCGGCGACAACAAGGAGCAGCACGAGACCCGCAACGGUGACGUCGUCCAGGGCUCUUACUCCCUGGUGGAGCCCGAUGGCACCCGCCGCACCGUCGAGUACACCGCCGACCCCGUCAACGGAUUCAACGCCGUCGUCCACAAGGAAGCCGCCGUCCAGAAGGCUGUUGUCGCCGCCCCCGCUCCCCUCGCUUAUGCUGCCCCCAUCGCUAAGGUCGCCGCUCCCCUUGCCUACGCCGCCCCCGUUGCCAAGAUCGCCACCCCCUACCUCGGUUAAGUAACCCCCUCCUUCAAGUCCUGACCAGAUUGUAAAAUAGUAAAUAUAAAUUAUUAUUUAUGCAUGUAUUUAUUGCCACCAAAUAAUAUGUGCUUGCCCCUACAUUAUGUAUUUUCCACCCUGUGAUCAAAUAUUAUGAAAUUUUGGCAAACUCGCUGGAAAACUGAUCUGUCCCAUUUCACAUGUUGUGAGACGAGCGCAGAAUAAAUCGUUAUUGCAAUACAAAUGUA